AUGUCUUUGCCCCCUGUACCUCCGCGUCCAUACGACUACGACGACGCCGCUCCUGGCCCGCCGCCUCUCCCGCCCCACCCGCCAGAAAUCCGGUAUCACCCCUACGAGGUCGGCAUCAGCGCCUCGUCACCUUUGCCCGCUCCUCGCGCUCACCAAGCCGCCAGCGUCGCCGCCGACCUAGACGCAAUGUCGCGUGUCAUGUCACCGCCUGCAAUGUCGUCGUCAAUAAAUUAUAAUCCUGGAUUCGCUCUACCGUAUCCUGGCUCGCCUUCGCCGCCAUCUCAUGUAGACGUGUCCCAGUCCAUCGCUGCCAUCGGUAGGACGCCAUCGAUGUUCUCUACCUUUGGACGGCCGCCUUUACCACCAACGCCUCUACAAACGUCGCUCACGGCGCCGAUUCCCACGAUACCGUCGCUCGACUCUGCUCUGAGCACCGUGCAACAGCCUUCUCACGACCCUGCAUUACGUAUCGCUUGGUGUCGAGACGUGCUGUAUCUUGUAGACAGGCAUACUCACGCUCCGCCUAAUGAACCCGUCGUCGGGCCAGUGAUAAUAACAGACCCGAAUCUUACUCGCCUAGUCCAAUAUGCUAUACCAAUCAUCCUGUCACUGGCUUCAUCGCAGCCGCCGCAACCAGAAGCGCUGUACCUGCGAGCUUCACUCGCCGCCAGUGGUGCAUUCCCCGACCAACUCCCACCCAAUCCACGGGCAGCUUUUAGGGACUUUGAGUCCGCUGCUCGCGCCGGAUUCCACAAGGCGUGGUUCCGUCUGGGCAGAGAUUACGAAACAUUCAACGACCUGACCCAUGCCCGAGAUUGUUUCGAACGUGGCGUCAAGUUUGGCGUUGAGGCGAGCAUCUACCGAAUGGGCAUGGCUCACUUACUCGGCCAGCUCGGUCUUCCUGCGUCGCCCCAGACUGCUUUACCUCUCCUCCAGCGUGCUGCUACCCUCGCUUCUCUAGAAACGCCACAGCCCGCAUACGUAUAUGCACUUAUUCUUCUCAACGAAUUCAACCUUGUCUCCGUCCCACCAGCUCUUCUGCAGCCUCUCAUACCCGCUGGAUCAUCUCCGCCCCUCGAAGCCCGUACUCAUCUUGAGCGAUCAGCUUACCUUCACUUCCCUCCUGCCCAAUACAAACUAGCACACGCGUAUGAAUUUGCUCAAUACCCCUGGCAGUUUGAUGCUCUUCAAUCAGUAGAGUGGUACUCCAAGGCAUCGCAAGCAGGAGAAGUUGAGGCUGACAUGGCUCUCUCAAAAUGGUUCCUGUGUGGAUCAGAAGGUGCCUUCGAGAAGGACGAAGGAUUAGCUUGGGUGUUUGCGGAGCGAGCUGCAAAACAGGGGCUGCCAAGCGCAGAAUUUGCCAUGGGGUACUAUGCCGAAGUAGGCGCUGAUUCGCACGGCAACACUGAUGCUCGAGACCGACUUGAUGCUCUCACUCAAUCGCGUCCAGCUCCCCUCUCUCGCCAAGAACACGACGUCAUCACCGAGUCCAAGCUUGUGCGAACGCGAACCCAAGCUCGUUUGAAAUCGGAAGCACAACCCCACGGUGGUCGUCGUGGAACGGCUUCUGGCAACCCCAAUGUCGUCGAAGUGAUCCGCAAAAACACGCUGAUGGAGAUGCCUCAUUCUGCACCACCACAUCGGAGCAGUGUCAGUAUGCCUCCACCGAGCGGCCCUCCCAUGCCUGCGCCAGUGAGAGGGAACAGUGGGGGAAGCCUGCAACCACAACAGAUGCCAGGACGAAACCGGUACUCACUUGCGGAUCCGGGAUUCAACUCUGCUCCCCCGUCGACAUCAUCAUCGCCUUCGCCUUCAUUGAGACCGCAACGAACGGAGUCACCGGUGGGGAUGGGGAGAAGGACAGGUAGUCCUGCCACGGGUAGAAUUCCCAGUGGCGUGGCUGCUACGCCGCAGCCUCCUGCGCAGGACAGACCUAAGCCGUCCGGUCCGACUACGUUCGCGGAGAUGGGCUUCCAAGGCGCGAAGGCUGAGGACAAGGAGUGUGUUAUCAUGUAA